CCAACUCCGAGCUCUCCGGUCCUGGAAGAAAUGCGAAUUCCCUCGUCGCUGGUGAAUGCCAUGCAGGAUCGUGCCGUCUGCACUCCGAGUGAAUAUUUCAUUGGUGUUCUUCGGCUCUUCCACUUUCUCUUCAUCGUGUUUCCAUCCGUCAUCGUUGCUAUAUGGCGUACACCAGCUUCCUCUUUUCCAGUUCCAACUCAGACAUCAUGGCAUCUCUGUGGCAGUGGAUGAUGGGUUUUCUUCUCUUCUUCUUCUUCCUCCUCCUGUUGGCCACCUUCCCCGUGGUCGAUGCCGGCCAUCCGGACUGGGAGCAUGCGCGGUUCCCCAGUACCGAAUUCUUAUCGCUCAAACCUGGCUUAGGAUCCCAUUUCUGGCCUGAGUCAACUAUCCCCCUAUGCUACGAGAGCGACGACACGCGGAAUAUUUUUCACGACAUUCUCUGGGCCGCAAUGCGAUUAUGGUAUGCAGCCGGCUUGCCUGAGCGUUUCCGACUGUUAGAGAUCAACGGCCAGAGUUGCACCGACAAGCCUUGGGAAUCGCUGUACGUUAAACAAACACGCGACUUAUUCUCCAGUGAUAUUGGCAUGCCCAUGGUUAACAUGGAAGGGACUCCGUUUUAUCCUCCAGUCAACAAACCAACCCUCCACGUGUUCAUUAAUCGGGCCAACAUGCAAUGGACUAUCAAACAAGUUGCUCAUGAAUUGGGACAUUCGUUCGGACUCCUACACGAACAUCAGGACCCUUCAUUCUGGGGCCUACAUUCCACCGAGCGGGUGUUUAAAUUCAACUGUAUCUACCUGGUGGAUUUUAAUGAGGUCACCAAGGACCUGAGCGUGGAGGAAAUUUGGGGGAUCCAUGGCGUCUGCAAAGACCAACGCCAAGCUAAUAGUGUUGGCUUUCGCGCUGCCGACUGGCUUCCGGAACAGGGCGAGAUAUACUCGUCGCACUGGUGGUGGGCUGAUGCUAGCAUGGUUGAUUGGGAUUCAAUCAUGCUAUACCAGUCGUUUAGCGAUACCAUUGAUUACGACAAUAAACCGGUCCUCUCUCGGUACUCUGAUGCAUGGACCUGGGGCCCGAACUGGUCUCCUAGUGUUGGAGAUGUGGCCGCAUUGAAGACAAUCUAUCACAGCUUCUGGGUCAAUCCCUCAUUGCCGUUCUGGAAUGAUAUUCGGAGCCCUUACUAUGAGGUCUUUCGCCAAUUCAGCUCCUGUUGAUUUUGGUCGGUGUGAUGGUGAACCGGAAAUGAAUUGUUUAUGGAUUAUGCUUGGUCACCAUGGAGGAAAAUCUUUCUUUGUAUUCCUGGUGGUAGUGUCGUUCUUCGACUUUACGGGCUAGAAUGGUUAGUGACUGUGUCAGAGGUCACAUCUUUGUCCUUCACGUAGGUAGCUAGGCAGCAAUCAAUCAAGCAACC